UCAGCUGACUUUAGCAAGCACGAGCAUAAGUGUCAUUUCUUAUACUGGAGAAAAUAAACAACGAAUGAAUGAAGUGAAUACCCACAAAGCUUCUGUUGAAUAACUGAGGUAUUUACUGUACAUUAUUUAAUGGUAUAACAGGAUGAAAGGUCUGUACUGUCGAGCUGGUGUGAGUGAUGCUGAGCCCAAGUUCGUCAUUCAAGAGACGAGUCUUCCUGAGGCUUUAGGCAGCCAUCAGGUCAGGGUUCAGGUCAAAGCGUGUGGACUCAGCCCUGUUGAUCUCAAGCUGCUUGCUGAUGUGGGAAUACAGAGAGAUUUGAUUCCUGUUGGCAGAGAGGUGGCUGGGGUCAUCCUUCAAGUGGGUAACAAAGUUUCUCUCUUCCAGCCUGAUGAUGAGGUUGUAGGAUUUUUGCCACUGGACUCUCUCUGCUCUGGACUCUGUGACACCAUUGACAUAGAUGAGCACUUAAUAGUUCAGAAACCAGAGAAGCUUAGCUCGGUGUGUGUAGCAGGAGCCCUGCUUGACGGCCUCUGUGCGUACACCGCUCUACACACGCAUGCUCGCAUGGCAGCCGGACACACACUUCUAGUCAUGGAUGGAGCCAGUUCUUUUGGCUUAAUGUGCAUCCAGCUGGCAUGUCACCAUGGAGUAAAAGUUAUGACAACGUCACAUACACCACAAGCACACACAUUCCUGGAGCAGCUUCGGCCCAGUGUAGGUGUUCAGGACCCUUUAGUAGCUAAGGUUAUUUCAGUGGAUAAAGACUCAUCUGACCUGCUGUCAGUGGUUAUGGAGGAGACAGGAGGACUGGGAGUGGAUAUAGUCAUAGAUUCUGGAGUGCGUCUUCAGGAGGAGGAGGAGACUUCAGAGGGCAUGAAGCUCCUCCCACACAAACAUGACAUCAUCAGUGUGCUGGGUGUGGGGGGGCACUGGGUCACAUCCCACAAAGACCUGCAGUUGGAUCCUCCAGAUUGCCGAUCAUUAUUCCUAAAAUCCGCCUCCAUGACUUUCCUCAACCAUGAAGUCUGGACGGCUUCAUCAGCUCAGCAAGGAAGAUACCUCCAUAUUCUGAAGGACCUCAUGGACAAGAUGUCAGCUGGUAUUCUUAGACCCCAGCAGGAGGAGGCAGUUCCUCUCUAUGAAGCCACAGUUGCCAUGGAGACUGUCCAGCGUCAGCAGAAGAAAAAGGCUGUAGUUCAGCUUUAACUAAAUCACUGAGACAUUUAUCAACAAAAGAACAAAAACAAAAUGUUGAUAUGCUUUAGCUACCUGAAUGUUUUUUUACAGCAGGAAGUACAUUGAACACAAGACAAACGGCAUGUUAAACCAAUUGCCUCUCUUUGCUAAUACUGAGAAUCACACAUUUAUGCUUACAAUUAUGGUUGGCUUUUGCACUGGACUUGCUCUUUUUUUUUUUUUACUUGAAACACAACUGUUUCUUAAUUUCUUCAAUGUUUAGCACUUUUUGGAGUUGAUCAUUGUAAAUUCUUUUAUGAAAAAAAAAAUGUCCAUGAAACAGUACAACUAUUUAAACGGAUUAAUCAAUCCAUUAAAAAUGUAAAAACAAACAAUUCCUGUACAAAUGAGUAAAACAAGUAAGUUAGACCAAAACAAGCUGUCCUCAGGUUGAAAGCUUAUACCCACUGUUAAAAAUAAAUCAAGAUCAAGAGAUGUGCAGAAAAAAUAUGAAGAAACUUAGGCAUUUGUCUUUACAAAAAAGCCUUUAUUAAACUGGCAUGCUCUUAAAUUAGAGCAUGAUUAAUAUCAUUGACUUCAAUGCAUUUUGUAGUCUUGUCUUCAGGAAGUUACAGAGCAGGUCUGUGGUAAAACAACUUAUACAAAGUGUCAUAAGUUCUAGAGCUGCCAACAGUAAUCAGUCAGUCAGCCUAAAUCAGUGUUAACCUUGCCACUCCCUCACACACAAAAUUCACAAAGUCAGCAGGGGACAACCUUCCUAGGGUGAAGUUAAGAGAACAUCAGUGGAUACUAAUUUAACCCUCAAGAUGAUACAUAUAUAUAUAUAUAUAUAUAUAUAUAUAUAUAUAUACAUACAAAAGUCAGUCCAUGUAGGUGAUGGGAAGUUAUUGAAUCUUUAAACUUAAAGCAUCCCUGUUAUGGUGAAAUAUUUCUAGUGUUGUGAGACAGUAUUUUACAUAUUUUCCUGUAUUGGCUAGUUUAGGAUGUCCUUAUGCUGCACCCAUUGUGAUUUUCUUUCUUUAUUUUCUAAAUGUCUGUCUGAUUUUUUUUCAUUCCUGUAA